AUGACUUCACCGGCGGAUCCUCAUACCAGAACCUGGUCUCACGUCAACGGAUCAUCUCAAGACGUACUUGACCGCUAUGCCGUUACGGAGCUCUGCAAGGGCUGGCCUGUGUAUCGCGACGCGUCGGAGUGGAUGAACUACCGCUCCCUCUUCACGGAUGAUGCCUGUGUGUGGACUACCUGGAGCAGCGACUUGCCGGUUGACAAAUUCAUUGAAGUCUCCAAGGAGGGCAAGAAGAACGGCGUCUUCAUCAUGCACCGCGAAUGCGGCACUCUGGCCGAGCUCGGCGACAGCCGUACCCGGGCUAUUGGAAAGAUGAAGGCAACCAUCACCCAUCGCUUCAACGAGGGCGACGUGGCCUAUGAUGUCGACUGCGACUGCCGUUUCAUCUUCUUUUGCGAAAAGCAGGCGGCUACCCAAGAGUGGAAGGCCAAGUAUGUCAAGCUGUUCUAUGAGAAGGACAAGGUAGUGCCAGUCGAUGGCCAGACUGUACCCAAGUGGGACAAGUCCGAGCUGAGCACGUAUCCGGAGGGAUAUCGGCACCUUGCGAUGGCGCAAGCCAAGCUGGGAUACGAGAUCGACGUGAACCUUCCUACGCCGCACGACAAGGGACUGUGGAAGCGCAUGUAUGGUGAGAUGGAGAACUGGUUGGAAGGCAGAGAGGUUGACCUCCACUGGGCCUAG